CGUAGCAUCACUCAGACACGGUGGGUAUACUACGUGUGGUAGGCAGUAAGUUAUUGCAGCUGGGACCGCCGCAAUAACACAAGUGUCUUGUGCUUGCAGCUGCACUGUCGUGAAACCUAGUUGUUUUACAAUUGUUACAGGCGUGAUGAGACGGAGACAACUGGUGUUGAGGGUCAUCCUGCUGGUUUACUCUCAAGUAUACUACCCAGGAACAACGUCUGUCCUGGCCGCCACCAGCAGCAACAAAUCAGGGAUGUUUGCCAAGUUUACUUCUAACGAAGGAAACGUGCCGCCCCUAAUUGAAGCUGUACUGAGCAGGAACCUGACACUGGUGGAGACGCUCCUGAGACACUGUCCUGACCUCACUGUCUUGGACGCCACAGGAUUGAACGCCUCUGCGAGAGCCGCUCAGCUUGGGUAUACAGAUCUCAUAACCCUUAUUGAAGAUCAGUCGGCUAAUUGUACAUGGUGCCAGACCAAGAAUGAAGAACUUGUAUUCCAGAACGGGCAGACAUGCAGCCUUACUCUACCCCUAGCCAAGGCUGGCACCACAAUCCAACCCAUCUGCCCAACCUCCGGUCUCAUCACGAAUUGGACCUGUUCGUCAGAUGGACAAUGGCAGCAUAUGAGCAGUGAGGGCGCUGAGUCGCUUCAGAAUGCUGCCAUCAACAUCUCGGGCGGCCUCAUGAGCGUACAAGAGACGUGCGGGGACGACCUCAGGUUCUGCGAUGAAUAUGAUAACAAUCUUCGUUCAUGUCUUGAGGAAGUGAACUCAUGCACUGGCGGCGUCUCUGUGUGCCCUCUAAACUUCAAGUCUUGCUCAGGAGCGGUGAACGCCUGUCACAGGGUGGCAGAAAACUGCUGGAAGGAAGCUGAUCAAAGAAAGGCACAUCUCGUCAAUUCAACCGAAGGGAGUGAGACGCUAAGUACUGGUAGCGUUGAGUCAGUAAACCAGACGAUGGUGGAAGAGCAAGUGAGCGAGAACCACAAAACGCUAAAGAAAAAUUUGUUGAAUAUUCUCAAGAGCCUCUUCAGUGGAAGAACAGAUCUGGAAACACUCUGUGGGAACUACACAGCAGAAGAAAGAAGAGUGUGCCAGGAAACUCAGCAAGAAAACAUCAGCCGUGAACUGGAAUUACUUGGAAAGAAUUUGACACAAACCAUCAACCAAGCCGGGACAAGAAAGGAAAAACGAACGUUUGCAGAGGAGUACUUGAAUGUCACAUUAAGAGUUUUGGAUAAUUGGAAUUCUACGCAGUUAAAGGGGCAGGAAAAGACGGCUCUUGCCCUUAUUUCAUCUAGUAUCCAGGAGAAAAUACUCAGCGCCUCUCUCCUUCUGGCCUCCGUUCUUAGUAACUCAUCCAUCCACUUCACUACACAUUCCACAGAUUCAAGUAUUUCAAGGCAGAAUCCCGUUUUCUUCACUCCCGAGAAACGUAUUCAAAAAAGCAAGUUUUCUAACUCGACAAACCUUCAGCUGCCUCCAAGUUUUUACGUCAACUAUACUGACGACGAGGAUAUGGUGGUGCUGGUCGUGACGUCGUUCAGGAACUUACACUGUAUUACUAACUCUAUUCCUUGGUGAGAUUAUUAUGUUGUUCAUGGUAAUGCGCUAGACUCCUAGGGGUCACACAGCGCUAGACUCCUAGGGGUCACACAGCGCUAGACUCCUAGGGGUCACACAGCGCUAGACUCCUAGGGAU